AAGCCCAACUUGAUUGUAGACCAGAUGGGUUCAUCCCUGGUGGUGUUAGAAUAUCUGAGGAGGUCAAUUGCAUUUAGACCAAGUGAAUCAGAACCAAGUCCCAAAGCACCUGAGUAUCCACUGUCAGAUUGCCAAACAUAUCGCCCCAUUCACACUACAUGUAUAUUUUUCAUUCCUCAGUGCGCCAAGACUGUACUGAGCAACAAGAUUAUCAGCAGUGAGAAGGAUCUGGUCGGUGUGGUCUUCUUCGGGACCGAAAAGGACAAGAACAGCGGAAGCUUCAAGCACAUUUAUGUUCUUCAGGAUCUUGACCAGCCCAGUGCCAGCAGAAUCCUGGAAUUGGAAUCUUUCCUCUCAGAGGGGAACAAUGACUUUGCCAACAAAUAUGGAUUUGAGUCUGGGUAUAGCCUCAGCGAUGCUCUCUGGACCUGUUCUAACAUGUUUUCACAAAGUCCACAGAAGGUGGGGUACAAGCGGGUUCUUCUCUUCACCGACAACGACGACCCACACAAGGGCAAUGUAGCAUUCCAAAGACAGGCCAAGCAGAAGGCGAAAGAUCUUUACGACAUUGGUAUCGAGAUUGAGCUCAUGCACAUGACGCAGCCAGACACAAAGUUUGGCUUCUCAGAGUUCUAUCAGGACAUUGUUCAUACAGGUGAGGAUGAAGAGGGCAUCAUCCCAGAUGCUUCAGAGAAGUUCGAUCAGCUCCUCGCGAGGGUACGGGCGAAAGACCACAAGAAAAGGACCAUGGGAAGGAUUCCGUUCUCCCUUGGAAAAGGACUGGAGCUAGGUGUGGGCAUUUACAACCUCGUAAGACAGCAAAACAGACCGUAUCCUAUCAAGUUACAUCGGCAGACCAACGAAGCUCUCAAGGGAAAGUCCAAGAUGUACUGUGAGGAUACUGGAGAGCUUCUUAUGCCAUCGGACAUCAAGAAGUAUCAGACGUAUGGAGGGAAAAACAUCAUCUUUGAGAAGGAUGAGGUUGCUGAAGUGAAGAAAUUUUACGAUCCAGGGCUAUUGCUGAUGGGUUUUAAACCAAGGUCAGCCCUGAAGAAAUACUUCCACGUCAGACCAGCCCAGUUCCUAUUCCCCGACGAGAGUUCGGUGUCGGGCAGCAACACAGUCUUCAAUGCCCUCCUGCAAAGAUGUUCGGCGCGAGACGUGGUUGCCAUCUGUCGUUACAUUCCGCGCAAGAACACAUCUCCGAAGUUUGUCGCCCUCUUGCCUCAGAAAGAGGAGCUUGACGAGUACUCGGUUCAGAUUGCCCCUCCUGGAUUUCAUCUCAUCUUCUUGCCUUUCUCAGAUGACAUCAGAACACUAGAACAUCCCACUAACCCUAGAGCGACGCCGGACCAAAUCGACAAGGCCAAGAAGGUCGUCAAGAGCCUACAGUUCAAGUUUUCCUCGGAGAACUUUGAGAAUCCCGUGCUCCAGACACACUACAGAAACCUAGAGGCUCUCGCACUGGACAGGGACACAGCUGAUGAAAUGGUAGAUCACACGGCACCCAACAACGAGAUGAUAGAGAAGAGGGCGGGGCCGGCCAUUAGAGAAUUCAUGGAGUCUGUCUUUCCGGAAGGGUACGAUCCAACAGCCAAACCAGCUGCAAGGAAGAAGGCGGCGGGUGGUACAAUUGAUGUAGCUGAUGAAGCAAGAAAAGGCAAGCUUUCCAAAUUGACUGUAGCCGUCUUGAAGGAGUUCUGUCAAAAGAAUGGGCUUUCAACAGCAGGGAAGAAGAACGACCUCGUAGAAACCAUAAACGAUCAUCUAGGACUAUAGAUCCUCAUCUACACUUGAUCCAACAAGCUCUGCAACAUUAUUUGCUUUAUAUUCACAUGGUCUAAUAGCAGAUUGUCGUCUUCUCAGAUGGUCACACGUCAAAAGCACUUGAUCUAAACUGCUGACACAACAUUUGCUCCGGUGACAAUUGCUUUAUUUCAUCUGAGAUAUAGGGAUAGAUUUAGGGUUGCAAUAGCGUUUUAUGUUCGGUUUAGGAUAGGGUAUAGUGUUAAAUCGAGGGUUGAAGUCGGUCACUCCAUUAGUGUGUGGAUUUCACAGUGAAGCAAUUGUCAUUGAACCGUCUACACCACUUUUGGCCUAAUAUCCACCUAGUCACGUUGACAUUUAGUCUCCUUGGGGGUGUUUCAUAAAGAUUUAAGUAUGACUUAGAGUUGAACUUAAAUAUCGAGUUGCGUACGGUAUGAAAGGCCUGAUCGCAUUGGUCAGAUCGUGUCCUGAGGAUGCGCACUACUUCAUAUCUAUCAAUCUGAUUGUGCUUUGCAUAUCAUGUACGCGUCGGCAUUUAAGUGCGACCUAAGUCAUACAUAAAUAUCGAGUUGC